AACAAGUGCCAUCACAAGAGACUAUGAAGCUGCAAAGAAGAGUUAACUUCUGAUUUAUACUUUGGGAGCAGGCCAAAAUGGCCAUUGGACAAAUCAUAGCAGUUUUGCUGAUACUGACAGGAACAACGACCCCCACUAAUGCAGCUAAUACAUAUACUGCAAAUGGAACAACCAACGCCACAACAACCUCUGCAUUAAAAACAACAAUAAUGAAUCAUCCCAACAGUACGCUCAACAUCACUAUUCAAGCCAACACUGUCCAAGUAGUUGAAACACCUGCACUCAACACUACUGCAGCUAAUACAACUACUGCAAAUGGAACUACCAGUGGACCAACCACCACUGCACCAACUAUAACAACCAAUAAAACUGAAGCCCCACGACAGUUUGUGGCUAUUCAAGCAGUCUUGGUAGAACCGUUUGUCCCAGAACUCAAUGACAGGAACAGCCUACAAUUUAAGGCCCUUGAGGCAAGAGUUGUAACAGAGUGUGACAUCAUGUUCUUGGCUCGAUAUGGUGCAAUUUUCCGCCACACAUUCAUCAUAGCAUUUCUACUAACACAAACGCAGAACACUGUUGCAGAGAUGGGGAUCGAGUUCAACAGAAAUUCUACAAGUGCAGUAAUCCCACCGGCUGCCGAUGUUGUCCAAACCUUAGUAGAUGCAGUGAAUAAUCCCAACAAUACGCUUAUUAUCACUAUUCAAGUCAACACUGUCCGAGUAGUUGGAACAACUGCACCCAACACUACUGCAGCUACAAUUACUCCAAAUGCAACAACCACCACUGAACCAACUACAACAGCUACUACAACGGAAGCGCCACCCCCAGUUGUGGCUAUUCAAGCAACCUUGGUAGAACCGUUUGUCCCAGAACUCAGUGACAGGAACAGUCAACAAUUUAGGGCCCUUGAGACAAGAGUUGUAACAGUGUGUGACAUCAUCUACUUUGUUCGAUAUGGUGCAAUUUUCCGCCGCACAUUCAUCAUAGCAUUUAGGUCAACACAAAUGCAGAACACUGUUGCAGAGGUGGGGAUCGAGUUCAACCCAAAUUCCACAAGUGCAGAAAUCCCACCGGCUGCCGAUGUUGCACAAACCUUAGUAGAUGCAGUGAAUACCCAACAAAACACCUGCACUCAACACUACUGCAGCUACAACCACUCAAAUGCAACAACCACAUGCACCAACUACAAGAGCUACUACAACUGA